GUGUGUGUGUGUGUGUGUGUGUGUGGAGAGAGGAGAAAAACACACAGUUCUGUUCAGGUCCGCGAGCUCUGUUUUUGUCGCGAGCUCUGUUUUUGUCCCGAGCUCGCGCGGAGAUGCUCGCGCCUUGCUGCGCCCUGGCCGCGCUGGGGCUCCUCGCGCUGGGGGUGCUCGCGCUGGUGUUCCGGGGGGUCUUCCCCUGCUGGUGGGCGGACGCGCUGUGCCUGAAGAACAUCGUGCUGGUGCUCCUGCGCCUCUCGUGGCGCGCGAGGCUCCGCCCCCCGUUCCUGGCCGUGGAUCGGUUCGAGGAGCAGGCCGCGCGCCAGCCCGCCAAAACCUUCCUCGUGUUCGAGCGCGAGACCGUCAGCUACAGCGCCGCCCACCGGCGCAGCAACCGCAUAGCGCACGCGCUGCUGGCGCACUCCAGCCUGCGCGCGGGCCACACGGCGGCGCUGUUCCUGCGCAACGAGCCGGACUUCAUCUGCGCGUGGCUCGCGCUCGCCAAGCUGGGGUGCACGGUGGCGCUGCUCAAUGACAACAUCCGGUCCGGGUCCCUCCUGCACUGCUUCCGGUGCAGCAGCGCCAAGGUGCUGAUCACAAGUGCAGAGCUGCAGGGAGUGGUCCAGGAGAUCCUCGAGCCCUUGCGUGAGGAUGGAGUGUGUGUGUUCGUCAUGGCCCCGGAGUGUGUGUCCCCACACAUGCAGAGUCUUACUGACAAAAUGGAGAACGCGUCCGACUCGCCCAUCCCUCGCUCACUACGAGCUAACGUCACACUCAGCGACCCUGGAGUUUACAUUUACACAUCUGGAACUACUGGUCUACCUAAAGCAGCAGUGAUCAGUCAGAUGCGCCUGUUGGCUUCCCUGGCUGUGCUGCCGUCCAUUGGUGUGACGGGUGAUGAUGUCAUCUACGCGUGCCUACCGCUGUACCACACCGCCGGCUUCCUUAUCAGCUUCAUCAGCUGUUUUGACACAGGUUCCACAAUAAUUCUGAAGAGGAAGUUCUCAGUGUCUCAGUUCUGGAAGGACUGCAGGAAGCACAACGUGACAGUGAUCCAGUACAUCGGAGAAGUCAUGCGCUACCUCUGUAACACACCCAAGGCAGAGGAUGAUAAAGAGCACAAAGUGCGUAUGGCCAUUGGGAACGGACUGAGAGCGGACGUGUGGAAAGAAUUCCUCUCCAGGUUUGGGAAGAUUGAUGUGAGGGAGUUUUACGCCUCCACUGAGGGAAACAUGGGCUUCAUUAAUUACACUGGAAAGAUCGGAGCUAUUGGACGAGCGAACUUCCUGUUAAGGAAGCUGUUUCCGUUCGCUUUGAUUAAAUACGACACGCAGAGAGACGAACCCGUCCGAGACGCCAGCGGCAGGUGCAUCAGAGUCCGGACAGGUGAAACUGGUCUCCUGGUGGUGAAGAUAACGAAGCUGGCUCCAUUCAGAGGCUAUGCUGGGAAUCCGGAGCAGACGGAGAAGAAGAGGCUGAGGGACGUUUUUGAGAAGGGAGAUGUUUAUUUUAACAGUGGAGACCUGAUGAGAAUGGACCAAGAUGACUUCAUCUACUUCCAGGAUCGAAUUGGAGACACUUUCAGGUGGAAAGGAGAGAACGUUGCCACGACUGAAGUCUCUGACAUCAUCACCCAGGUGGAUUUCAUUAAAGAGGGAAAUGUUUACGGAGUUCAAGUUCCAGGUCAUGAGGGAAGAAUUGGAAUGGCAGCGGUGGCGGUGAAAGAGGCAGAGUUUGAUUGCACAAAGAUGUUUAACCAUGUCAGAAAACACCUUCCAAGCUACGCUCAGCCACGCUUUCUACGAUUACAGAGUGCAGUGGAGUUGACUGGUACGUUUAAGCAGGUGAAGAUGAAGCUGGUGAAGGAGGGAUUUGACCCGGCUGGAAUCUCAGAGCCUCUUUUCUUCCUGAGUGAAUCUGAACAAAACUACGUUCCUCUGACUAAAACCAUCUAUGACAGUAUCGUUACAGGCAGCAUCAGACUCUAAAUCAUCUUUAGCUCUCAGAUUAAAGAGAACACACAAUUUAUAUACGUCUUAAACCUUCAGAACAUCUGACUGAUCUAAAAUGUACUGUAGCCUCAACAGGAAAUGAACCCAAUGGUACUGUGUGUUCAAUCUGACAGGUGAGUUACUGCUCCAGGUAUAUCAGAUCAUUUGUUUUUUAGCUUCAGAUCCAGCUGAGUAUUUAGGCUAGGGCUGGGCGAUAUGGAUAAAAAAUAAUAUCUUAAUAUAUACGAUAUAUAUCUCAAUAUUUUUAAGGUUAUAACAAAAAGACACUUCUGAGAAAAAACUAUGUAUUCCACAUUUUAUACAGGAUAUUUUAUUAUUCAGCUUAUUAAGCUAGUAACAUGCCUUGUCUUGUAUAUGGGCUACUGGUGUAGGUGAUACAAAACCCUUUUUUCUGCAGUAAAAUAAAUUAUUUUACCUUCUGAGGGUUUGAAAUCUCCUACAGGACACUUGGAGAAGCUGCCUGUUUUCUCUCUACUCCACUUAAUAACUCUAACCCAGAUCAGUAACAGGAAUCAACCCAAAUACUGCAUGUUUAAAAAACAGACGUAAAAAAUAGCCAAACAUAAAGAAACUAAAGGGUUGGAGGACAUAAACUGUUUGAUUUGUAUGCAGGAUUUGUAUUGAUUUCAAAAUUAAGUUCAGGAAAAAGUCAAAUUUAUGAUUCUAUUCUUUAUAUUUUGACAUUUCAGAUUUUACUUGACUAUUUUUCUACAUAUUUCUAUUACAAUUACAAUUAUGAUUUUUAGUAACAUUCCUUAUGAAACCUGAAAGCUUUUUAUGUAAUGCUUAAGUAGAAAUCCUCAAGAUUUAGUGGUGUAAUGUCAGGUCGAAAAUUGACAAAAAUCCAGGCCUGGGGUUUUAAAAAUAAAAAGGGCAGUUUGUGUUUUACUUUUUUAUUUUCUAUAAAUCUGAGCUGAAAAAGUCUUAAGGAGCGAGUGAGGGAACGAGUCUGGGCGAGGUGAAGCUGUGCAGGGAUAUAUAUGAAAUAAGAGGCAGACUAUAGGAGCCAAUUGGAAACGCAACAUAGUCUAUAUCAAUAUAAAUAAUAGUGCAUUUUCUUAUAUCUCGAUAUAUUCUCGAUAUAUCGCCCAGCCCUAAUUUAGACCCAUCUGACUGAAUGCUGUUUACACUGACAUGCUAUAUGCUGAUAUAGAUAUACAUAUUUAUAUUAAGAGCCUUAAAGUGAGACUAGACAACCUGGUAUAACUUUAAAAACAAAUAUGACAUUUAUGACAUUUUCUUUUAUUAAAAUUUGUUUAGCUAAUUGGUUCUUUCACAGACUGGUCAGAGCUUCAAAUCCUCUUUUUAACUGAACAAGUUAAAUAAAACAAUAGAUCUAUUAAAACUAAGAAAAUAAAUAAAUAUUAGCUUAAAAUUGUUACAACCUUAGCUAGGGCUGGGCGAUAUGGAUCAAAAACUAUAUCUCAAUAUUUCUUUUCUGAAUUGCAAUAUACAAUAUAUAUCUCGAUAUUUUUUUCAUUCCAUAAGGUAAUAUCAAAAAGAUACUUUUGAGACAAAGCUACAUGUUACAAAUUUUAUAUUGGUACUUUAAUAUUUUAGUGCCGUAUCCUGUAUAUUAGAGUAGCCUAGCAGUUCUAGCAGCAUUUUAUAUAAUCAACAACUGAAAGUCAUUUCAACUUAUACUAAUUAUAAAUGUAUAGAUAUUAAACAAUUCCUCAAAUGAAAUCUUUUUUUCCACUAAAAGUAGCUUAAAAACAAGGGAUAUAUGAAAAAUUACAUUGUGCUUUUGGAAAAAGCGCAUCUGAAGAAAAAGUAAAUAAAAAGUGCAGUUUGAGUUUUCUGUAAAUCUGGGCUGAAACCGAUUCAGGUCUAUUCUCAUACCCAUGUGAAGGAGCCGAUUGGUCAGUUCAGGUUAGAGUGGGUGUGUCUGCUCUAAAGAUCAGUGUUUAGUUCAGUGGUGAUGCUUCAGAACACGAGACGUGCUGCUGUUUUACUGAAAAGUUGGGUUCCGCCAUCACUGUGUGUGUUUUUAUAGAGAACGGCGUCUGAAUGAGCUUCAUGUCUCUCCUCUGUGCGCCACUUUAUUUAGAAGGCAGGCGAUUGGUCUUUGAGUUUCCUGCACUGCAAAACCUCCGUCAACGGCUAGUUAAGUUAAAAAUAAACCCUGUAGAAAUGAACUAGUUCUCAAUAGUGGACCAGCUCCGCCUAUUACUGACCCCCGCUCUACAAAAUACCUUAUUCUGCUGCUCAUCUGACUCGCUGAAUCCAAACCUGGAAAAUCUCGAUAUAUUAAAUAUUAGGAGAAACAUUAGGUUUCUCUGUCGCCUGCUCUCUCUCUCUCUCCCUGCUCUCGCUGCCUGACUGCUGCUGACUGCGGUGGGGGAGGGGUAGUGUGUUUAGUGAGGAAGGGAGGCAGGGCUCAUCUUAUAUCGCAUAUGAAAAUAUAUUGAUAUUUUUAAAAAAUCUCGAUAUAUCGCCCAGCCCUAACCUUAGCCCAUGUUUGUCAUGUUUCUCCUUCUUUUUGUGUUUUUUUUCUAUUCUUGUCCUCUGCUCUUGCUAGUCUUCCCUUGUCUGCUUAUAUUGCUAGCUAUGUUCUCUUUAAGCACAUGGCUCUGAUUAGUUUCAUGUCAUCCAUGUUUCCACCUGUGUCUCAUUUGUAACCCCGCCCCCUCAUUAUCCUUCCCAGGUGUUCCUUGUCUGUGUUUAUAUACCCCAUUUUUUUAACCUACAGUGGAUUUUAAAGAAGCUUGGCCAGCAUUGAGCCUCUGUAUUAGCAUGACCAGUGUCAAUUGGUCCUUUUUUGGCAUACAAUAAAUACAUUACAUUAGCAAAUAUCUGUUUGAAAUAUCGGUCAAAUC